ACAAAGUGAUAUCUAUAUCAAAGUUUUGUUUUCGCCGCCAUUUUUUGCCAGGGGAACUAUCUUUAUUCCUUACUAUGAAACCUAUUGUUAGCAUCUUACGUAAUGUGUAUCAGCCAUUAAAGACAACUUUAAUAUGUUUAUCUAGUUUAUUGAUUGCACUAUCAAACUGUUCAAGGUCAAUACAAAAAUACUAUCAGUAGACACAAUGUUGCUCAUUUUUCUGUAACUAAGUUAAAAUAAAAAAGGCUCAGAGGAACCAUUCAUUGAACCAAUCUGGCAAUAUUUUUAUUUUAAUGUUACAUUAUUUCAUGCUAAUCUUCUCAGGAAACUUUAGAAACUUAAAAUAUAACACGGUACAAAGCGAACAAACAUGUGCUAGCAUGGAAACACUGUUUGUCAAGGUCACUUAGAAUAACUUGAAUUCUUUUAACAAGGUCUGCUAAGACUGGGUUAAAUCUAGAUUCUCACAUUCUUAACUAAAGUAGAACAAAGAAAUUUGAUACGAAUUUUUGUGCAACAUGCCCCAUCUCAAGAUAGUUUUAGAAACAUUAUACAAUUCGAAAACAAUACAAGAGAAAAAAUAAGAAUGCUACUGACUCGAGAUUCUGCAAAAAGAUAGCUCAGAAUAAAAUAUUGAUGGAUUGUCACGGUCACCGAAUCAUAUAUGUCCUUUGCGAACCUCUCCUACUUAUAAAAAUAAAAUACGUGAAAAUAUCAUUUAUAAGCAUCGGUUUGGUUGAGUCUGCUUAUACUAUAUGAGGUAUUGAAAUGUGCAACAUCCUUCAUCUCACGCCAUCUAUCACCUGCGUUUUAUGUCUCGAAAACACUAUCCUAUAGAUUCGUUAGUAUGGCUUGACACUGACCUAUCUAUAAAUGUAUAGUGUUGCUUUAUUUUGUUCGUGAUUAUUACAAAACAGACCUAUAGGUAAAUGACAAAUAACAUUGUUUUCCAGUUCAUAUCUUUAUUUCUGAUUUAGUUAGCCUUUACUUGUUUAUCUAUGUUGGAGAAACCGAUAACGACUGAAUUAGACAUCUUGUUUACGUUUUAUUUCAGAUCAAGCAAUGCCAAUGUCAGUUUACAUAUAGUUGAAUUUUUUUGUCAUAUCACAGUAUAUUUCAACGGCAGUGCUUUUUUUCCAUAUUUGUUAUGUUGUUCUGUCUAUGCUAAAAAUAGACAUAUAUUUACAAGUGUACUGUGAGAUAAUGACUCAUUGAACAAGGUCUAAAAGAGAACUUAGUUACGCGCGAUUUGGCGUUUCUAAUACAUUUUAAUGAACCUGGAUCUUGUUUGUCGUAAAAAAACUCACAGGUAUUAUUUUUAUAUUGUAUAAGAGAGUGGCAAACAGUACAAAAAGGGUCUACAACAUCUAAAAUUACAUUUAGCGUGAAUAGCUUAAAAGACUGAACCUGGAUUAUAGUAUUGUGAAAUUCACAAUAGUUGUUUCUUUACCUGUGUAAGUUUUACUUCAUCUGUCAUAAAACGGUUAUGAUUGGACAGAGGCAGCACGGAAAUAAAUGUUGUGAAAGCAAUUUGGUACAGGAUAAAAUAUUUGUAAUUAAUAGUUAGAUUGCAGACAUAUGUGCGAGGACUAACAUUGAAACCAGACCACAUCAGAAAUAUGUAAAUGAAGAUCUCAUCAUUAGUCAUCAGAAAGUGGAAAGGAAAUGCGCAGUCAAUACUUCCUGGUAUUCAUAUUUUACUGCAUGAAAGCGAUAUAUUGCCAGCUGUGUCAGCAAUGACUUGAUCAGAGCUAAUCUAAAUUUAGCUUGUGAUAAACAAAUAUGGGGAAUUGUGCAGCUCUUUCUAUAGAAUGGAAAUUUGUUGGAAGGGAUGCAGAAAUGAAAAAGGUGAAGGAACUUCUAAACAAGAAAAGAUCAGUUCUUGUUUUUGGAAUGAGAAAAAUUGGGAAGUCAAAGUUCACUGAAGAAUUGUACAGAGAGUUGUGCAAAAGUGAGAAUUAUAAAUGUGUGAUCAAGGAUUUUGAAUCUGACGACAUAGAAUCAGGACAUACGAUAUAUAAUUGGUUUAUCGAAUUCUUUAUUUCCAUAGAUGCGGAUAAAGAAAGAGAACGUUUUAUAAACCAAUAUCCGUCAGAAACAAUCGCAUGCAAUUCAUGUGAAAAUUGCCAACUGCCUGACAGAGACAAGUGUUUAAAACGGAACGAUCUGAUAAAGAAAGCCAUUAAUUCCUUAAUAGAUACCUUAGGCAACUGUAAAAGUGAAUUUUUGCUUUUCCUAGAUAAUAUCGACAAAAUUAUGGAUAGCCCAUUAAAAGACAAUUUUCUUCAUUUUCAUCGCCAAUCACUGAAAUGCCUAAAAUUGCGAACAGUGCUUGCAUCAGCCAACAAACCAAAACAAACGACAAGAAAUUAUGUAUCUUUUGAACUUAAACCGUUAGACAAAAAAGCAAUUUUGGAAAUACUCUUUGAAACAACUGAACAAAGGGAGAACGAUUUAGAAGACGAGGAACAUUGUAGUGAAACUGUAACAUAUUCACCAGAACUUAAGGUAUUCAAGAAGGAAAACAAACCAUAUAUUGAUGCUCUUGUGGGUUUAUGUGAAGGGCUUCCCUUAGCGGCUAUAAUGUCAGGUAUGUUGUUGACCGAGGAUGAUUGCUUACUGACACCUGCAAAUCUUGUAGAAAUUCUGAUUUGCAUGCGACUUACGAGUCUCAGCCCAGACAACUGCCCACCAGAUGAUCGCUUAGAAAUCUAUAAACAUCCGAUGGAAGAGGUAAAGGGGGUUGCAACAUUUUUCAACUGCCUGAAUGAAAAUAUGACUGGCACGGAGUUUAGUAUCGACCAAGCAGUAGCUGCUGCAAGUGAUGCAUCUGAUGGUGUUGAAACAGAAGCUAUGGUGAAACACAAUGUUUUGAAAAAAGCUUUGGAUAGGUCUGUCCUGUCCAUACAAUCACUGUCAGGGACGCAGCAGCUGAACUGGCAUGGUAUAUUCCGGGAAUGUCAAGCAGCGCUAAAAGCUCUAGACAGUAUACCUUCUGGCGAUGACACUGCCUUUGCGAAAGAUAUGGUUUUGAAAUUCAUGAAAGAAAACGUUGUUAAAGCUGGACUAGAGUUUGACGAGGAAGUACUGAGCAAUCCAAAAUCUCUAGAGUUUGCCAUCAAAAGUCUCUCUUGCAAGGAGAAAACUCCUCCACCAAUACAAGUCAUGGAAGACGAUGAGGCGGUAAGAAUGUCUCUACUUAAGGAACAUCAUUUGGCUAGCAAGAAGGCUGGCACAACUGAGUUUGAAACAAAACAGUUACCAGUUAUGAAAACCCAUAAAGGAGUAGAACAUUACAAAUCUGUGGAAAACAGUCCGCAUAAUGACUCCCGAAAAAACAAGAAACUUGCCACUCGUUACUCCGUUUCUGAGGGAAGUGAUAGCAGUGAUUCCGAUAGUCUGAAUUUACAAUUCACAAAUAUUAAUCUUAGACAAACAGAGGGUUCGAUGAUGAACGAUGUUAACGGGAUUACAAACGGGCUGCACUCCAGAAGUCCACCUCCAUACACAAGUCAACCAGGACCCUUGGAGACAACAGCACCCUGUCAUAACCAGAAUGGUGGAGACGGAAAUCAAUUCCGACCUAUUAACACUCAGUUUGCAAUGAACUCUGUUGGAGAGCCUCCACCUUGCUACACUUCAACUGACCCGAUCCGUUUUGUUCAAGGCAUGUCAUCAGACGCGAGAAGACAAUACGCUGAUAACGCUUUACCACACAAUAACUCUGAUUCAGUUAACCUGUAUGAAAUUCGAUCGCGUUCCUUGCCAUCAGUCAACAGCCGAUCGUAUAACUUCCAAGUUCAACAGCAUAAUCAAGAAAAUACUCGAGAAAACUCCUAUCAGGUGAACCAUAGACGCCAGGCGAAUAAUGACAAUCCAAAUUUUCAUCGAGCGGGAUCAGAUCCAACUUUUAAUCGUCCCGUGAACAAUGCAGCUAGGCAGCUAGUGGAUUAUCCGAGGAGAGAAGUGGAAACAUCAGUAAGCGACUCUUUGACAGGUCCGCCAGCAAUGAAUUACAUUCCACCGAAUAUUCAGUUCCACAAAAUGGUUCACAAUCAUCAGGCGGAUGGGCAUCAUGCCACUCAACAUCUGCGUGUACAUCCAAACACAGACAUGAGUAGGCAAGCUUCUGGCCUCCGGAUAGCUAUACAGAAAGAGCCAAUGACAGACACGCAUGUGGACCAUACAUCCGUCCAGUCAGGUUUUUCCUCACAGGGACCAGCAGACAUUUCAUAUAAGCAGUCGCUUAAUAACGAUCUCAGUGUGGAUCAGGAAAAUUUCAACCAGGUCUCGCAUAUUCCAUCUUUUCAAUCCGACGCUUCAUACCAUGUUAGACAUUUUGGAGAAUCGCCACAAAGGUUAUUAGUUACCAGCAGCAAAAAUGAAACAAAAAGACGAUCUCCAACGGCUAUAGUCAGUCCUAUGCCUAAGCGCCGAUCUCCACCUAAUAUCAACAAGCAGUUACAGAACGAACCAGGGAUAGCAACUGUGGCGCCGUCUGAUAGAUCUAAUAAGGUUUAGACAAAUAUUAAAGGAAGACACAAUAGAUAGAAAAAUUGUUUGAAAGAAAAUAGAUACAAUCGUGCUGUGUCUAACACAGAAAGGACGAUGUGAGUGGUUAACACUAUGUAACUGAAAACGCCUCAAGGUAAACAAAAUGUAUUCCAGCAAGAUACUGAAAGAUGUUUAAAUGUGCAAAAAUAGUAAACGUCGAACUCUAGUCAGUAGAUGGAGGAGUACAUUCUCAUAACAAUAUCGAUGCACUUUGAAAUAGAUGUGAAUGUAUAUUUGUAUAAAAUAUGGCAGCUACUGUUAAAUUAGAAUUUACUCACUGCCGUAAUAUUAUUAUGUAUAUAUUAUUGUCGCUAAUUGUAUAGUUUUAGAAAUGCAGUAAAAUCUUGUAUUAAUUAAUUGUAACACGGCGAAGAGGUUAUACGUCUCGCAUAGUUAUCUUGCGAUGCUGUCGUCACGGUGAUUUAUUGUGUGGAGUAUGCAUAGCUGAUUCAGAGUGUUUAAGUUAAUAAAACUGUUAAAUCUUAAAAAUAAUUAAUAAAUAACCAGCUUCAUGUUUUAGCUUUAAUCAGUAGAUCAGGAACAACAAAAGAAAUGACGUUGACGACGUCACAUGGUAAUGACGUCGCAUAUAUCUAAAAAUAGAACAAUAUCACAAAAACCACGUUUCUGUUAUGUUGUGUUUUAAUUUGGAUACGUCAGUGGUCUUGCUAGGUUGAGAUGACGUCGCCGUUGUCAUGUUUUAUUUUAUAUAACGUUAGAAUUCAUGACAAUUUAGGAAUCGUGAGUCUUCCAUGAUAACUUGCCAUAACUAACUUGUGAAAAACUUUACCACCAUAAUAUUUGCAGUCAGGGUUUGCAUUGCUACAUGAAUAGUUUUCUUAAUUUGUUUUAUUUACUCAUUCGUGGUUUACCUCGAAACGAAUCUCAUCUGUAAAUAGUAUUUAAAUCUAUAUGUAAAUCUUGCUUAAUUUUCACACACUGAUUUUUAACGUUUUCAAACUAGAUAUUAUUAGUAUGAAUGCGUCUCAUUGUUACAUUUUUAAGAAGUAUUGAAUAACUUUUACAGUUGAUAAUCAGAAAUUAUAGGAAAUCUUGCAGAUCAGGCAUUUAUUGAAUUUUAGAAUAUCAAGUAGAUAUUGCCAAGAUUUAUGUCAUUUGUGUAUGUACCAUAAAAAGGCACUUAUUUGUACAUAACUGUGUCAUUGUAAAUAUAUUUCUGUUCCAAUCUUUUUUAACAUUAUGUUAAUGGUUACAAUUAAAAUUCUAUAGGUGAUGUGAUGUUAUGCUAAUAAACAUGUCAACUAAGUAGGAAUACAAUAUACAGCCAUAAACAUACAUGACAAGGAUCCAGUAGGAAUUUCUAAGUCACUAGUUCAUUGAAAUAUAACGAUAAUAUUUGUCCCAGUGAGAAACAUCAGCACUACAACAUUGUCAUUAACCAGAGAAAAAUAAACUGUCUAGGAAUUCUGAAUUAUGCAUUUAAUUUACAUAUCUCAAAAAUAUGUUUGUAAUUGUAAUUGAAGUAACUUUCAUAGAACUAGCUAAAAACGUCAUGAUGUUUCACGCGAAGUUGUACGUCAAGUAAAAGUUGUCCACCCCAUUGAAAGACAUGCUUCUUUUGUUUGUUUUACGUCUUAAAACUAACAUCAAAUUAUAUACUUCAACUACGGAUACCCGAGACCCUAAUAUUAUACAUGGUGUCCAUUCGCAGAUUUUCUUCUUACGUUGAGCUUACGUUUAUUAUACAGCAUAGUGUACGUGUAUCUUAAUGCCAUGGUAAUAAAUUGGUCACAUGGGUUGAUAAGAUAAAAAGAAAUCGUUAAGUUAUAUAUAUAUUUAUAUAUGUUUAUAUAUGAAAGUGUAACUUUUCAAUUGUGUUUUUUGUUAUUAUAAUUCUUAAAUAGAUACAUCUUGCCGAAUAGUUCGUGUAGAACAUUAUCUCUUUUCAUACCAUGAAUUAUUAUAACAAUGUUUACUUGCAUUCUCAUGACACAAAUGACUGCGAUUGCAAAGGUAACCGUUUUUUUUUACAUUUCUUUCUUGCCAUUUUUUUAAAUCCGGUUUGAAAAUAUUUAUUCUGUAUUUUAGUGUUCCUGUUGUACUGUAGAAACACUUUACAACUUUGAGUUUUGUUCUUAUGGCAUUUUAUAAAAUCUGACAGUUUAUAAAUUUUUCGUAGAAAGGUGCUUUUACUUAAAUUACUUGUAUUACAGCUAAUUAAUUUACUUCAGUUACUUUAGUUGAGUUAGUAAUUACCUUUGCUUUAAUUAUAAAAUUUCUGUAUUAUAAAAUAAACUUGGUUGUACAUUUUCCAAAGUAUUUUAUUGUUUUUAAUGUAAUCAGAUGAGUUUGUAGAAUUGAUUAAUUGGCAUAAAGUGUAUCAUUACUAGUAAUGCAAUAUUAUGUAUGAUACAUAGCAGUGUUUUAAGGAAUAAUAUGAUGAAUGGUUCGAUUUAUCAUUUUAUGAGAAAGAAAUACAAGAAAAGCUGGCAAUCUGUAUCCUAGUUACAGUGAAAUUCUAAGGGAUUCGCAUUACAAAUAGAGAAUAUAAACAUGCCUUUUUGCACAAUUGUUUGUUUUGAAGGCAAACUAUUUUUGGAUAGGUUUUGAAUCUUUCUUGAAAAGUAAAAAUUAACUUUGUUACAAUUUGUGACUUAAAAUAUAUAUAAAUUGUUUUGUCGACAUUAUACAGUACCGUAUUCAAAGAGGAAAAUGCUGUAAACUAUAUCCGAUACAAGCAUGUUUUUGCAAGUUAUCUAUAUAUCUUUGGAUUUAUAAGCAUUAAAUGUGUGUAUAUUUGUGCUGAUGAGUUCAAAACAAUAUGUUUAAGGUUGUAUUGUUUUUUUUUGACAAGGCAUACAACACACAUCUAUACAACGCAUUUUUUUCAACGAUUGAAGUCGUAGUCUUAGCAAUUUUUAAAGCUGAUUUGCCUGUUUGAAAAUUCUUCCAUCGUGUUAAAAGCAUAACUGUGUAACUUCAUGAUAUUUUUGAAAAGUGGUGCCAUAUGUGUAUAUAUUCUUUUUUUCCUUAAUGUAUGUAAAGAAGUAGAUAUGCUUUAGAUGUUUAUUGCUAUGGUGCACAUUGUGUAGAUAAACAUUGUUUUACCAGUUGUUAAGCAAUUGAGUAGGAGUUAGAUGUACGAGGAGGUCAUAUUUCCGAAUUAUGAAAUGUAGAAUUCGGAAAGUGUUUUCUUCCUCGCUUGGUGCUCAGCAUUAAGAGGGUUGUUCUAGGAGUGAUCAGCCCGGUGUCAGUGGUGCCAAUGUGAUUGGGUGGGGUAUCAUGUCCCGUAUCUGUGGCUUCAUAUUCCAGUGGGGCAGCACUCUUCAAAUUUGUUGAAAAAGACGCUUAGCCCGAACACGCACACACUUAUGCACUGGGAGAAGGGAGAGAGAGAGAAUUUUAUAGCUGCCAAAGAAUAUUUGUUGAAGGUAGACAAAGACAUAUACUCGACAUACAAAUUGUAAUCACUUUUGGAUAAAAGGGUUAUAUGAAGCAACGAUUUGUGUUGUUAAUAGAUCUCAAUCAUAAGUACAAGUUUCGACAUAUACUUAGUUGAAAUGUAUUUUUUUGUGUAUUUGGGACCAGAACAAGACAUUUCAAACAGGAGGGCAAAAUGACAGUAUUUAUUUUUUUUUAUACAAAACUCUUGCUAUUUGACACGUGCGUCUGUCAGUCCGUCCGUCCGUCAUAUUUAGUGUCCGGAGUAUAGCUUUAAAACCAUUCAAUAUACCGACUUCAACCUUUACAUAUAGGUAGGUGGUGAUUAGACGAUGCGAAGAAUAACCCAGGUCGGUAGGUCAGAGGUCAAAAUCACAAAGUGAGCUGAAAGGUGAAAUCUGACGUCAGAUUUUGAGUCCAGACAAUUAUAUUUAAAAAGCACUCAACCCUCGACCCCAACAAUUACCACAUUACCUCCAUUCCCACAACAUGCUCACAUACAACAAAUUUACUUCAUUGUGCUGAAUGAUCAAAUAAGCUGUAAGCUGGCAUGGAUAUAUAGCUAUAUCCCAACUUUGUGGAGCGCCUGUUAUAGGUUGUGUAAUUAUCUCUUAUAAAAAAGUUUUCUGAAAGAGUCAACAUACAAUUGUUUCAGCAUAAACAUUGUUGACGUUAUACGUUGCACCUGACGUUUUACCUGAUGCAGUAUGAGAAAGCUGUAGUGAAACUUUUCGAUCUGUAUAUGUCUAAAAUGAUUGUGGACUUUUAAGAAAACAAGCAAACAAACAAAACGAACGAAAUAAAUGAUGUGUUUGAUUUAAUUGUUGAAUAUUGUGAAGGAAAUAAUUAAAUUGAUGAGAGGAGGAAAUUGUAUAAUAUACAGGAUGGAAGUUGUUUCAUUUCGUCUAGAGAGCAACCAUGGCCUAAAAUAAAUACUCUUUUGUCGAUAUACGAUAUGUUGACUACUUCAAAACAGUGGAAAUUGUUUCAUGUAAAAUAUGACGUGGAUUCAAUUUUGUAUCAAUUCUUUUUACAUGUAUAACAUAUGUUUAAGCAACUUGUAUAUAGAUAUGAAAUAUUGACAUAUGCUCGUGUAUAUAUAGUGAGGAGAUGAUUAAUGAUUUUUUUUAUUUCAUAAAGUAACAUGUGUUCACUUAUUAUAUUGCUAAAGGUUUAUUAUAUGGUUCAGCAUGAAGAGUUCCUUUUUUUGUGCAAAAACAUGACAGACGUCUAAAGUCAGUUAUGUCAGUACUCAGGUGACCACAUUUUGCAAGUUUAAAAUGGUGCAGUAUAUUUGUUAUAACGUUUAGUAUGUGCAUAUUUUCAUGAUGUAUGAUCCAGGUAUUGACGGCAUUUUACAUACUUCGGUAUCAUUUCCUUUGUCAGUCAUUUCGUAGCUAUUACCAAAGUCAGUGCAGCAUUACCUUUAGUUUAAUAGAUUACUUGAUGAUGUCCACGUUUUAAUUUCAAAACAUACUAGACUAUGGAUAUACAUUUGUUUCUACGCAAAUGGUACACUCUAUAUAGGCAUUUAUGCUCCUAGAAAUCAUCUAGGGAUAUGGAUAACAUUCGACUUCUUUUGUAUUAUGCUGCACUCAGUGUUUCAGACCUGUUUAUCAGACUUUUCAUCUAUUUACACAAGAAAAAUGCAGUAUUUUACAAUAAUUCAUUUCGUUUUUAAAAGAUCUCUAUCUGAGUGUAUUUUGUAAAUUAUAAAAGAUCUCACUCCAACUGAAACGUCUCGACAUAUUUAUGGUAAAAGUUGUAUCAAAUUGUUUAGUUGCAGGGUACUGUUUAUAUAUUUGUUUUGAAACUACAAAACUAGCUAUAUACAUAUAAUAAUUUACACGGACAAAAUAGUUCCUUUAUAGCUUCUUCUAUUGUACCAAUAUAUAAGUUUUUAAACAAGUACUCAAGUCAAAGAAUGAAUCGGACAUUCAUUGUAUGUCCCCUUCUUGUUCGAACUAGAUACUUGCAUCUUAUCUGUCAGUCUACCACAUUCCUGUUCGGUCAAUAACCCGCAAUUAUGCAGGUUUCAGAUUCCAAGGUUAAAGGUCAAAGCCAUUUUCAUCUCUGAUCUUUUCUUUUUAUGUAUGUAUUGAUAUUGAGAUAUUUGUGUAUAUAAAGUCGACUGUUACAUGCAAGAUCCAGACAAUUAGCUAAAAGGUUAUUUACCUCGAGAACAUCUCAUAUCCAUGAAUAUAUAUUCACACACAGUCACCCAUAACAAUAUAAUAAUAUAUUUGUAUUGUUUGGCAAAUUUCUACCACUUUUCUAUUUUGAUUAGAUUGUAACAUGUUUAAAAGAAAAUUAAGGUCGGCCAUUCCAUUUGUUGUACAUAUGUUGUAGUGUGAAUAAAUACGGAAUAUUUCA